UGUUUUGUAACCGCUGCGUGAUACAUACUUCUCAAUCACUAUUUGUGUCUGCUGCAUGCUAGAAAGAUUAUAUUAAGUAUGCGCUUACCACCUGCCCUUGGUGAAGGAUGAGGACGUCUCGCCGUGUCGACGCUGUUUCCGGCGGAAUAUGGGAGACAUUGCAAAGGGAAAGAAAGCUUUCGUCCAGAAGUGUGCCCAGUGCCACACAGUUGAAGAUGGGGGCAAGCACAAGGUUGGGCCCAACCUCUGGGGCCUGUUUGGCCGCAAAACUGGGCAGGCCGCGGGCUAUUCAUACACGGAUGCCAACAAGAGUAAAGGAAUCGUGUGGAGUGAGGACACCCUUAACGUGUAUCUGGAGAACCCCAAGAAGUACAUUCCUGGAACCAAGAUGAUCUUCGCGGGCAUCAAGAAGAAGGGUGAACGCCAGGAUCUGAUUGCAUACCUGAAAUCAGCAACAUCAUAAAAUGAACAAGGAAAAGAUUUUAAAUAUUUAAGUUCAUCUACAUUGUGUUUUUAGUCUUGCAUUUGCUAAUAUAUAGUUUUUGUUAAGUCAUUUGUAUGUUGGGUUACUUUUUUGCACUGAAAGGAAGUGGCGCAUCCUUGUUUUUCUUUUACCUAUGCUGUGUCCCAAUUCAGGGGCCACAUCCUUCGAACGACGCGUUCUACAAAGGCUUUUGCUUCGUAGACUGCGAAGGCCCAACCGAGGGUUGUUACAUGAGACAGUCUGGUUUAUGGAGGAUUCCCUAGUUGCGUCAUCAGUUGUUCCCGCCCUUACCCUUGCGUCACGAAGUGCCGCUCCUGGUGCUUAGUGGCCUUGACAGCUGCAGUUGACAAACUGCAAGCGAAAUGGUGCCAGAAAUUUGUAUUUUUUUGUUUUACCAUUUAACAACAAACAUUUUACCAACGUUAGCAUCACUUAAGUCUAGUAACAUUGCCUAUUAUUUUUAAAGAAAAUUUGAGGUUUUAAGGCCCCUUGGUUUUUUUUAACAUUUUUAUCGUUAGCUAUUCGAGUGAGAUGAAACCCAAUACUUACAUUUAAAAGUGUAAUAGUCGGCUGCUGUUGGAGUUUAAGAUACCAUUUUCUUGUGGGGAAAAAAUACAAUCAAAACCAGUGCGCAAUUAAUCUUGGGAUAGGUUGGGCUGUGAAGGAUUCAUCCGUUGUGUCCUUAAAAUUCUGACAAAUGAAGGCCUACAUUUCUCGGCCACAUUUGAAGGAACCUUUGGAAUGGGACAGCCUUGGUGCACCCAUGUGAUGUAAUGGGUCUUCAGAUGAAGCCUUCGAAGGAUGCGGCUGCUGAAUUGGAACACAACCCUAGUUAAAGAGCUUAGAGAAUGCAUUUUCACUUCCUGUUUAAGGCCAAUGAGUGACUUAUUGUACAAGUGGCCAAACAUAAACUACCCUGUUCUUUUUGUGAAUUGGUACCUUGAUAAUCAUUGCAUUAUUUGCUAGCAUGAUAGGUCACUUGACCUGUCAUUCAUUCUUGUUUCCAUGACAACAUGCUUCCUGUACUUUCUGCUAGCCAAACCAUCCACCAACGACUUUGUUCCAAAACAUAAAUAGCUUACAAAGUCCUAAUAAUGAGUAUAAACUCACCCAUGUCAAAAUGUAAAGGGUUGAACAUCUUACAUUUUCUAGUGGCAGACAGGUACUUUUAAUCAGUUCACCAUUACUCGGGGGGGGCAUUCACGUCAGCUGAAGUUUUUGAUGGAGGUGGCAGGGAGAAAUUUGCACCUGGAUUUUUAUUUUAGAACCAUUACCACGGCUUUUCCAGACCGGUCACUGAGGAAGUCCCUCUAAACUUCUACUUUACGGCGGUUGAACCUAACAGUCACUGAUAAGCUUUGUCAGGUUGCACUGUGGAUGUCAAAGUACUGGCCCUCUGUGAUUAAAAUAUGUACCAAUGCCUUCAGUAAUAUUGCCAUGGGACCAGACACGUCAAACAUUGUGAAAGAUGAGCUGGUAUAAUAAAGCCAUUUAGCAGUGGCGUGGCGCUAACAUUGCGACCCAUGUACACCUCAAGAGCAAAACCGACUGUCAAUGGUACAACACAGAGAAAGGAGGACUUGUUAUUAACCUGGUUUCACAGGCCUGAAUAGGACAGUUUUAACUUAUUUUAAUGUAAACUUGUUGACUGAAGCUGUAAAGUAUUUGUGAUGGGGCUGCUCGCUGACAUUUGCAUAUAUGCAGCAAUGUGCACAUAAAGUAUGUUAAAACAUGGUAGCUAUGUUCUGUGAAUAUGGAGCGGUUGGAUGAAGAAUCAAUUAAAAAGAACUGCAAUACUGUAAA